CUCAUGUGUAGUCGUUUCACAUGAUAUUUUUCUCAUGCAAAUCAUAAACAAGUGAUUGAAAAAAAUAAAAUUGUUUUCCAUUACAUGAAUAUAUUAUUUAAGUUUUAUAAAAUAAAAUAAAAGAUUAUAUUUAUAUUAAAAAAAAAAAAAAGAAUGUUAAUAGAAAAGAAAAUGUGGAUAAAGUAAUUAGAAAAGUGGGGAGAAGAAUAACAAAUCGUCAUGCCAAUACCGCCAUACUAUACUAUAUUCAUACUAUACCAAAACCUAAAGCUUCUAGUGCUAGUAGUCGAGCUAAAGAUACACCUCAUUCAUCUAGCGUCCUCGCAAUUGUUACUUUCACUUGGGAACAGCGCAAUUAUUUUGUAAACAAACAAAUUUUAUAUGUGUAAAAGAUAUAUCCAACAGUACUUAUAUUAUUUCUAAAAAAUAGUUGACUUAUUUUUAAAUGGAAUUGUUUUGAUUGAAGUGUUAAGUGAAAUUAAAGAAUAUUAAACAAAUGAUUUCACAAAAUGCAACUAUGCAAUCGAAUAAAAAGAUUUUGGCUGCUAAUGAGCCUUUUUGCAAUUGGUAGUCUCUAUUUAUUAUCAAUUUACUUUGAUUUAAAUUCAGAAUCAUGGAGAUCAGGAAGAUUGUUCUUCGGAAUAGACAACAAAACACCUCUACCUCAAGGUCUCAACGACUCAACAAAAUUAGUAUUAUUUUGGAAUACAAUGUUUGGAGAUGAAACAUUCUAUUUCGGACGUGGUGAUGUUUUUGAAAACUGUCCAAAUAUACCUAAAGGCAGUUGUUAUGCAACUCACAAUCGAUAUGCAGCGAAUGUUGAAAAUUUUGAUGCAAUUUUAUUUCAUGGUAAUGAAUUGGAUAUAGGAGAUUUACCAAAAAAACGACGGCCUCACCAACGAUAUAUUUUUACAAACUUGGAAAGUCCCGUCAAUCGUCCAUUACCUUAUCCUUUUUUUGAGAAUUAUUUUAACCUUACAAUGACUUAUAGACUUGAUAGCGAUAUUGUUUGGCCUUAUUCUCUAAUUCGAGAGAAAGCAACGGGCGAAAUUCUCUGGCCACUGCAUCAGACUACUGUUGGGAAGACGAGCAGUGCAACAGGAAAUACAAUGAAGGCAAUACCGUCAUCGAAUGUUACGCAAUUAAUAAGGAAGAAAAAAAAAACCGCUGUAUGGUUUGUGAGCAACUGUAAUUCAAUGAGUGGUCGUGAAAAGUAUGUUGAUGAAUUAGAAAAAUAUAUAGAUGUUGAUAUAUAUGGUUUUUGUGGACAAAAAUCUUGUAAAAGGGAUCAAGAUUGCUUCAAGACUGUUAUUGAGCCCAACUACUUCUUCUACUUGUCUUUCGAAAAUAGCCUCUGUCAAGAUUAUGUUACGGAAAAACUUUAUAAUGCACUCAAGCAUUACGUUGUUCCAGUAGUAUAUGGAGGUGCUAAUUAUAGUCUAUUUGCGCCUCCAGACUCUUAUAUAAAUACAAUGGAUUUUGAAAGUCCACUACUCUUGGCUAAGUACUUGAAGAAGUUGACCAAAGAACCAAAAGAGUAUGCCAAAUAUUUUGAGUGGAAGCACCAAUAUGAAGCUCCAUCUUCUCCUCUCAAAUUCACCAUUUGCCAAUUGUGUCGCUAUCUUUUAGAAGACCAUAAACCAAAAACAUAUGAUCCAUUAUCCAGUUGGUACAAAUAUAAUAAAUGCCCUUUACAAGAAAAGUUAAAUUUCCUGCCAUAUUUGACCAAAUCAGCCUUAAACUAACUUAUAAUGUAAUCAAAGUAAUUUUUUUCAUUAUUUUCAUAAUUUUAUAAAAAUCUUUCAGCUAAAAUUACUGAUGCUCAUGUUAGUUACAGCAGUAUUACAAGAAUGUUUGAUUCAUUAUAUGAAAUAUUUCUAUUUGGCUCCAAAAAUAUACAAAACAUUUAUUUUUAUACAAGUCAAUCAGUCCUUCCAUGUACUGUAAAUAAUAAAACCGAUGGACAUCAGAACAUCAAAAAUAAAAAAUUAAUCAUCACAAAUCCAUGAAUAAUCUUCAUCUCUUAUCAAUUUGUAAAUUUUACUUUUUGUUGCCAUUAAAAGUUGAAUCAUUAAUGGAGUCUUAAUUUUCUAAUAAAAUAUUUCUAUUUUUAAAAUGAGUAAUGUAAUAUUGCCGAUGCUUAAACAGCUUCAUCUUUGUUUUAUAAUGAUACGCUUCCCAAAAUAAUUCAACACUCGUUUCCUUUUUUCAUAAUAUAUCCAUUAUAACAAUA